CUUGAUCCUACCACUCUGCCGCCAACCGAGCUCCGAGCCUUGCUUGCACUCUUCCUCCAUCUCGCAUCCACCACUGAACUUGACAACGACUGGACCGGCUUGACACUGCUCUCCUGAGCUACUUCCGCCACAAUUUCUCUCCACACACCACGACGAGUCCUGCAGGGCGUCCUCGGAUUUAUCAGAAUGACUGUUUCGACAGAGUCAGACCGAAAGAAACUGGGGGGCUACGAAUUCUAUCGCGAGGUUCUAGGUAGCCCGAAAUAUGUGGUUGCACCCAUGGUCGACCAGAGUGAGCUGGCAUGGAGAAGGCUGUCUCGAAGAUACGGUGCACAGCUGGUCUAUACGCCUAUGAUAAAUGCCAAGAUGUAUGCCGAUCCACGACACCAACUCAAACGGGAGAGCUUCUUCAACACAAUCACUGGAGAGGAAGGCGGGCCGGAAGAUAGACCACUUAUCGUUCAAUUCUGCACAAACGACCCGGAUCAGCUGCUGACGUCCGCGAAAUUGCUUGAACCCUACUGCGAUGCCGUAGACAUCAAUCUCGGCUGCCCGCAGGACAUCGCACGCAGAGGCCAUUAUGGGUCGUAUCUACAAGAUGACUGGGACUUGAUUUACUCGCUCAUCAAUACUCUUCAUCACAACCUGUCCGUCCCUGUGACAGCGAAGUUCAGGGUCUUCCCUUCUGUUGAGAAAACGCAACGUGGUCACAGCAGUGGUUUAGCAGACUGGGACAAAAUCCGUGCUGUGAAAGAGGCCGUUUCUGUACCGGUCUUCGCCAACGGGAACGUGCUUUUUUACAGUGAUGUCGACCGACUACUCGCGGCCACAGGGGCCGACGCAGUAAUGUCUGCUGAAGGAAAUCUCUACAACCCUGCUCUCUUCUCACCAGCCCCUCAACGUCCCUUGACUGAAGCGUGCUCAACGGCUUCCACAUCAUCCGCGACGUCUACUUCAAGCUCAUCUUCGGCAUCUGGCCUACCGCUGUCGGCAUACUUGACCGGCGCUCAUCCCCGUUCAACAUCCCUCGCCCUCGAAUACCUCGAGAUUGUCAAAACGCAGCGAACGCCGACGCCUCUGCAAUCCGUCAAGGGGCAUCUUUUCAAGCUCCUCCGGCCCGCGCUCGCACACGAAACAGAUCUGCGAGAACGUCUGCACCGUGUGCGCCACGUAAAGCCCGACUUAGCGACGUGGGAGAAGUACGAGGAGAUCGUCGAGGAACUAGAUGAGCGGAUGCAGAGAGAUGAGAAAAUGGUUGAGGGGCAGCCAUUGGAGGCGCUUGUUACGGUUGAUUCGGUCACCGGCCUGCCAAUAUUGCCACACUGGCUUGCACAACCUUACAUCCGGCCUCCUCCAAUUCCGUCGAACGUGAAGGCCCAUAUUCGCACCGCCGAGGCAACUGUAGGCAAGCGCUCUCCUCCAGGGAACGACGGUCCUCUGGGUUCGGGAUCAAACAAAAGGGCGAAACUUAACGACGAGCUGCCUGCGGAACGUUCCAGCAAGAAGUGGCUGCCGUAGGCUAACGGUUUUCGCUUGUGCACGGUGCGGCUUUAGCGUGCCCAGCAUUGUUGUACAUAGACAUAGACCCACUACACUAUAUUCACGCUUGAUAUCUC